GUAAGAGAGGGGAGGUGUUGGUAAGAGAGGGGAGGUGUUAGGAGGAGAGGUGAGGUGAGAGGAGGUGUUGGGAGUAGAAGUGAGGUGAGGGGAGGAGGAAAGGUGGGAGGUGAGGAUGUACAGGUGAGGUGAUGGGUUGCCGGACAAGCAAGGUCCUCCCUGAACCACCAGGGAAUGUUCAGCUGGACCUGGUGAAGCAGGCCGACCCGGCCCAGACCCAGACCCACACUGACAUCUACAAGCACUUCAUCAGGGGCGACGGCACCCGAACCGCCUCUGCCAGUAAGAUGGGCUCCUCCCCCUCCCCCCAGCACCACGCCUUUCCAUUGUCCCAGACCCCCGCGGCCAAGGACCAAUCCGAAUCAGGGGCAGACCCCCGUCGUAACAAGGUCGCCAGGUACCGAGCCAAGUUUGACCCCCGGGUCACGGCCAAGUACGACAUCAAGGCUCUGAUUGGCCGUGGCAGCUUCAGCCGGGUGGUGAGGGUGGAGCACAAGAGCACCAGGCAGCCGUACGCCAUCAAGCUGAUCGAGACGCGCUACCGCGAGGGCCGCGAGGUGUGCGAGUCAGAGCUUUGCGUGCUUCGCCGCGUGCGCCACACCAACAUCAUCCAGCUGAUGGAGGUGUUCGAGACUGCCGACCGCGUCUACAUGGUGAUGGAGCUGGCCACCGGUGGAGAGCUGUUCGACCGCAUCAUCGCCCGUGGUUCCUUCACGGAGCGCGACGCCACGCGCGUCCUGCAGAUGGUGCUGGACGGGGUCAAGUACCUCCACACCCUGGGCAUCACCCACCGCGACCUGAAGCCUGAGAACCUACUGUACUACCACCCGGGGGCCGACAGCAAGAUCAUGAUCACCGACUUCGGCCUGGCCUCCACCAGGAAGAAGGGCGACGAGUGUCUGAUGAAGACCACGUGUGGCACGCCUGAGUACAUUGCCCCUGAGAUCCUGGUGAGGAAACCCUAUACCAACGCUGUGGACAUGUGGGCACUGGGAGUGAUCUCCUACAUCCUGCUCAGCGGGACCAUGCCCUUCGAGGACGACAACCGCAUGAGGCUCUACCGACAGAUCCUCAAAGGCAAAUACAGUUUCUCUGGAGAGCCCUGGCCCAGCGUGUCCAACCUGGCCAAGGACUUCAUCGAGCGGGUGUUGACGGUGGACCCCAGUGAGCGUCUGACGGCCGGCCAGGCGCUGAAGCACCCUUGGGUGGUCAGCAUGGCCGCCUCGUCCUCCAUGAAAAACCUGCAGCGCUCCAUCUCCCAGAACCUCCUGAAGAGGGCGUCCUCGCGCUGCCACAGCACCAAGUCGGCCCAAUCCACCCGCUCCAGCCGCUCCACCAAGUCCAACAAGGCCCGGCGGGCCCGCGAGAAGGAGCUCCGGGAACUCAACCGCCGCUACCAGCAGCAGUACAAUGGCUGAGCCAGGCCUGGCUGGUCUGCAGGCUGGCACUUAACCCACACAGGCCUGAACCUGAGGACCACCUAGUCCAGCUACUGUCCCUCCAUCCACACGUCCAUCUGUCUUAGACCACAGAGCCAAUGAGGCAGUAAUCAGUAUAGAACAUAUUCAUCAUAAACAUCAUCUUCCUGUCCUUUCCAUUCCUCUACCUCCUCCUGUCUAACUGUCCCCCCCCCCACCCUCCUCUCUUCUCUCCUCUACUUGAGUGCUCUUCGUAUUUAUUUAUUAUUGUCGACAUUACUAUAUUGACUGUUGUCUCCGUUACCAUGGUCACUUGAAGCUGUCCAUCCAAACGGAUCUGUUGAACAGAAUUAUGGGUGAUGAAGUUUUAGGAAGAUGGGUGAGAAUCUGGUUCUCUGCCUUUUCAUUCCUGAUGAUCUUGCUGUGAAAUUCCUCUGGCUGUUACAACUCUGAGAACAUUGACUGUGGAUCUUCCAGCCUGCCUCCAGAGGGCAGGCUCACCAGAAUACUCUGCUACCACACGAUGUCAACAAAGGCCAAACGACUAUUAUUUAUUAGAUGAUAUAACCCUUGUAUAACCCUGUCUCCUGUCGUGAUUGACUCGCUGCCAGCAAUCUGAAAAUUACUUUUUCUGUGAUCUGUUUAUGAGGGAUGUUGAUGUUUUUGGGGGUCUUGAUAACACAAACACCAGUGUGUAAAUUACAAAUGGUACAAAGUUUGUACCAUUAGUUCACAUACUUCUGGUACUUGUCAGUGCAGCCACUGACCAGAAACGAUGCAGAUAUUCGGUGGAAGAAAGCAAACCAGUACAAUACACAGUAGGUUGGUCUAGAACAGGGGUGGACAACCCUGGUCCUGGAGAGCCGCUGUCCUGCGUGUUUUAGAUGUUACCCUGCUCCAGCACACCUGUUUCAAAUGAAUGGGUUGAUAUCAAGCUCUGUGGAAGCCGGGUAAUGACCAUUCAUUUGAAACAGGUGUGCUGGAGCAGGGAAACAUCUAAAACACGCAGGACAGCGACUCUCGAGGGCCAGGGUUGUCCACCCCUGGUCUAGAACCACAGGUACGAAAAUUGACUGUUUUCCUGUCAGAAUGGUGGUACCUUAGUGCACUUAAUCUGAGACGAUUAGUUAUGUCUAGCCCCUUGGGCAUCAUAUGACCGUUUCCUUUUCAGAACACAGCACUUCUACCAGAGAUCCACACGUAGAAGAGUUCUAAAGUGUGUGGACAUGUCUGUCUGUAGCAUUGUGUCCGGAUGACGUCAUUAUGUCCAUGUUUGAUUGGAACAUUUCUUUUAAUAUCUUUUUUUAUGACUGUCGUUUAAUGUUCUAAGCCAAUCAGAAGCCCUGGUCAGAGUUGGUUGCUAGGGCCCUCAGUAUGGACCUGUGAUGUCAUCUACUCAGGUGGAUUAUUGUGAACUUUUAAGAUACUGGAAUCAACAGAUCUGCAUCUGCUGACCUCACCCUCUCUCCAAGGUCCCCUCCUGUCACCCUGAAUGUUCUCUCAGUUCUACAACGUUCUUCUAUCCAGACUCUACUACUGUAUGUUCUUCAUGGCCCCUACCCUAGAAUGUUUUACCCCUCUCUGUCAGUUGUGACGACCUGGUGAGGCUCCAGGCCAGAGUACCGGCCACGCAAGGACACAGAAGAGAACCUAGACCGUGGUGUCAGCCAUGGUGAAGCCACAAGAAACCAGCCUGCCAUCAAGAUAUAUUCGUCUCAGUGAUGGAUCUCUCCUAUGGAGUGCUGGGGACUAAUUUCUCUGGUUUGUCAUCAAUGACUUUCCAUAAAGUAAGCAAGUACUUGACCUAAAUGUUUGUCGAGUCAGUCAUACAACAACGUCUGAUGGUGAAGUGUUUUAGUGUGUGCCAAGAGGAUGGUGAAUAACCAAAUAGUAUUUGUAAGCAACUUUCAAGAAUGUAAACACCUUGUAAAAGUGUUUCCUUUUAUAUCUAUAGGGUUUGUAUAAAUGAUGGCCUUAGAUGAAGUAGCCAAUUCAACACUUCUGAUUACAGUUGUUUUUCAGUGUAUUUUAAAUUGUGUAUUUGUGUGUCUGAAUGAUAACACAUUGUUUUCUAUACUUUUAACUAUUUUUAAAUGAAUUGGUUCAGUCGUUUUUGUGCAAGGUGUGACAAUAAAACGGUACCUUUUCAAGUUA